AUUUAAGCCAAAACAGUCACUAAGAAAGGGCGUUACUACGAGGUACUGUUUCAGUUGCUACAAGUCGUCGUGACGAGUGGAGCUAGCAAACAUGAGUUUCUUUCUGGUUUUAUUUGCAUCGUUUGUUGUUUUUGCUGCUGUUGAAGGCUUGCAGCAUGGAACUCUUCGCAUCGGGCAGACAAACCCUGAUAAUUACUACUGUGAAACUGUCACUUUCCCAACAAACUUCACGGGAGUUGAUCCUGUCAAAGUCUUUACGUCAGCAGGCUUUGGCACAAACUCAUCACGUGUACAUGACGUAGUGUUCACGUGGGUUGAGUCUGUCACUACAAGUAGUUUUAAAGUCUGUCUGGUAGAGAAUGGGGUUGGAUCGGAUGGCGAUGUGACUAUUAAUUGGAUGGCUUACCAAAGCAUACAGUCUGGUGUGACGGACGGAUCCGUCAGGUUGAACGACUGGACAACGGGAACAGAGUGUAAACAAGUUAUUUUCUCUCACAAUUUUCCAAGUGUUCCACAUAUCUUCAUGUCUGCCCAUCACAAUGUGCUGGACAAAAAGCAAGAUGCAGCUACAGUUUGGGUGGAAGGUAUCACCAGAAACGAUUUUACUGUUUGCAUGAGAGAAGCAAGAACCUUCGAUGGACGCCAUAAGGACAUCGAUGUGACUUGGAUGGCAAUGACGGAAGUUCCCCAGACAUGGAAUUAUCAUGACUUUAUCAGAUUAGACUUUCCAAACACACUUGUACCAAGCGAGGCUGACAAUGAUGCAUUUUGCCAGGUCGUGAGCUUCCACGAGCCGUACUAUGCUGCACCGACAAUCGUUGUUGCACCAAGUCACGAGUAUGACAGCAGUGAUAUUAAUGCCAUUCAUCCUGAGCACAACUCCAUCUCUGCCUGGGUUGAGGUAAGUUGGAAACUACUCGAACAAACUUCAUGUGUUAAAGAUCUUGUCGGAUUGGACAACAAACAUCAUCCAAUUGAAGUUGACUAUAUUGUGUUUGGAGAUCUUGAUCCAUGCAUCAACAAGACCUGUGAAUAUUUUGGUGUUUGUCAAGCCAUGUCAGCAAGUGUUCACCAGUGUGUGUGCGUUACCCAGUGUCCAUCUUACCAAGAUCUCGUGUGUGCUUCUAAUGGUCGAACGUUCGAUAACAUGUGCGCUCUGGAAAGAGAAAUAUGUCAAACUCAGGGAAACCAUUCGUAUUACCAUCCAGGCGGCUGUCAAGGUUUUCCAUUCGACAAAGGGACGCAUCAUCUCAACCAUGUUUCAGUCGAGUCCCAUUGUGAAGUUGUCUCUCUCCAGCCCUACGCAUUCUAUCCCGACAAACCCAUCCAUGUCCAAUUAACUGUCAACUACAUUAAUGCGUCACUUCCGGCUAAUGUGCAUGACGCAACAGUCACGUGGUCAGAAAAGGUGAAUCCAGACAACUUCACUGUGUGUAUGACCAAAACUGGAAGAAAUGAUCAGCCUACCAAUGACGUGGCAUCAGUUGAUUGGAUAGCUUAUCAGGGUUCACCAAACGGAGGGGUGACUGGGAAGGAGCGUAUUACACAAUGGUGGACUGGUACAAAGUGUACGACGUUAUCACUACCGAGUGGUAAAUUCACGGGUACCCCCACGGUACUAGUCACUCUCGAGCACCAGAGAGAUGGACUCAAACACGAUGCUGCCAGUGUCUGGGUCGAGGGCAUCAGCUCUUCAUCAUUUCAAGUUUGUAUCAGAGAGCUGCAGAACUUUGAUGGAAUUCAUGAAGAGAUUGACCUGGAUUGGAUGGCUUUUGAAACACUUCAUCUCCCAAUCUUCUAUGAACAUGGUAGUGUUCACUUCGCCAAUACCGAAACGCCUCUAAAAUCCAACAACUAUGCAUUCUGUGAGGUAGUGAAUUUGGCAAAAAGCUACACAAGACGACCUUCAGUGUUGAUAACAGCAACCCAUGAUACAAGUGUUGGCCUUACUAACCCUACGUGCAACGGGAUUUCUGCAUGGAUUGAGAAUAUCACGUUGGUAACAUUUCGUGUUUGUCUUAAAGAGUUGUACUCCGACCGUUAUGACCCUGUCACCCUGCAGUACGUGGUUGUAUCAGACAUGUGUGGAAAAGGCUGGAACUACUUCAAUGGCUUCUGCUACAGGACCUUCUCUACCUGUGCCUCUUGGAAUGAAUCGGAAUCCAACUGUCUUGAUGUCAACUCCAAUCUGACCAGUGUCACCAGCCAAGAAGAAAACACGUACAUUCAGCUUCGUCACGGCGGUGAUACAGGAUGGAUUGGACUACAAGACAUUGACAGUGAAGGAAACUUUACCUGGAUUGACGGUACCAAUGUUGACUUUACGUACUGGGCGCCAAACCAACCAAACGGUUUCCCUGGAGACCAGGAUUGCGUUCAUACCCUUGGAUUACGUCAUGACUAUCACUGGAAUGACGUCACAUGUGGAUCUUGCCACGCCUACACGUGCAAACGAGAUAUUGAUGAAUGUUCUGUUGAUUAUCACAUGUGCGAUAGAAAUGCACAGUGUACUAAUUCUGAUGGUUCGUACACGUGUGUUUGUAAUUCUGGCUACAAUGGUGAUGGAACCUCAUGCUCAGAUAUCGAUGAAUGUUCUUCCGGCGUCCAUUCUUGUGAUUCCAAUGCGCAGUGUACAAACACCGUGGGAUCCUAUACCUGUAGCUGCCGUCUUGGUUUUAAUGGUGAUGGAAGAACUUGUUCAGAUGUGGAUGAAUGUUCUUCUGGCGCUCAUUCAUGCAAUGUCAAUGCACAAUGUACAAAUACAGUUGGGUCAUUUACCUGCCAAUGUAACUCAGGUUAUCAUGGUGAUGGACACUCAUGUACUACAGAUUCUAUUCGUCUCGUUGGAUCAUUUAACAGCUACGAGGGACGUCUUGAAGUCUAUCACAGCGGGCAAUGGGGUACUGUCUGUGAUGAUGGCUGGGGACAAAGCCAAGCGUCGGUCGCCUGCAGGCAGCUCGGGUUCAGUGGUGUCCAGUCCUACAUUACCAAUACCUUUGGCGAGGGAAUUGACACUAUUUGGCUUGAUGAUGUCACCUGUAAUGGUAACGAAGUAAGAAUGCAGGACUGUUCACGUCGCUAUGGAUUAUGGGGAAGUCAUAAUUGCGUUCACAGCGAAGACGUAGGAAUUAUUUGUAUCCCAUAAGAAGGACACUACAAAGCAAGAGAUUUCCUGCCAUUUACCGAAUCAGUAGAAUCAAUCUUCUUUGUUCUGUUAGCUUGAAAAACUCUGAACUUAUCAUAUUGUUGUUCAUUGAGACAUUUUCUUUUGUAGAACCUGGUUCAAAAGCAAACUAGACGCAUAACUGUGUAAACUCGCACUCUUUUCAAUCGAAGUUUUUUUAUAAAGUUUAUGUUUAGAUGCUUACACAAUUAAAAUGGGUGGCGAAUGUGUGCAUUAAAAAAUACUGCUUGGCAAACUUUGAAUUAAACUAAUUUUCAGUUUUCA